UAAUAAUGAUUUUAACUUAAACUUUUAACAAGGAAACUCCACAGGAGGAGCCGUUAUUAACAGAGAGCACGUCUCAGAAUUGAUGGAGAAAAAUGAUGGGCCGCAAGCUAGAUGUCUCCAAACUGACAGAGGAGGAGGCAGAACAUGUGCUGCAGGUGGUACAGAGGGAUAUGCAGCUACGCAAAUCAGAAGAGGAGCGACUGAGUGAGCUGAAACAGAAGCUAGAUCAGGAGGAGAGUCGGUGCGUCCUGCUGUCGCGUCAGCGUGGCUUUAAUGAACGCUGCUGCAUCCGGUGCUGCUCGUCCUUCACCUUCCUACUGAAGCCGCGUCGUCGCUGCCUGGACUGCUGCUACAACGUCUGCAAGCGCUGCUGCUCUUACUCUGAACCAGACAAAAGCUGGAUCUGCUUCGCGUGCGAAAAAAGCAGACUGUUGAAGACCCAGUCUCUGGAGUGGUUCUACAAUAAUGUGAGGAGACGGUUCAAACGAUUCGGCAGCGCCAAGGUGCUGAAGAUGCUCUACAGGAGGCACAUCGGAGAACAGGAGAGUCAGGCCGAACUCACAGAAGGAAGUACAUAUGCUGAAAGUGUUUCUCCUGAGGACAGUGUUUAUGAGAGCGACUCUACAUUUUACAAGCACAGUGAAGAGCGAAGCAUGGCAGAGAGCAUCAGCGUGGCAUUGCGUGUGGCAAAAGAAGCUAUAGAUGAGGCUAUCACCAAGGCCGAGAGUCAGCCAGAAAACCAGAAAAAGCUGAAUGAAGCUUGUUAUCUACGAGAUAACAGAGGAGAACUGAUUGAAGAGCUGACCACCCUGAUUGUGCAGACUAUUAUUUGCAGGAAGAGAGAUCUGUCCGAGAUGCAACCAAAGUGUAAUCUGGAGUCACCACCUGAUCAGAACAGCAAUAAGCCUCACUCAGCCCUCUCAAUUCUGACUGAAGAAAUGCUGGCCCAGCAGGACAAAGCCGAGCAGAGUCCCAUGCUCUGUACACAGGGUCCUGUCCCUACAGUCCCCGGCCGGAGUAAGAGCGUGGACUGGAUGGAGAACUCGUGUACGUCGUCGGUGCUACAGAGUCCAGACGGGAACUGGUUUGCCCUGCAGAGCGCCCAGCCGUCUCGCCUGAGCCUGCCGAACAAUCGUGAGAACCUGAUGUUCAGCGCCUUGGAAAAAGAAUCGAGCGUAAUCUCUGCCUAUGAUGGCAUGGCCUCCGAUGCUGAAUCAGACACCGAAGCAACCUGGACUGCUGCUUGGCUGGAGUAUCACUGCAAAAUGUCCUCCAACACCGCCUUCGAGAACCAUGAGCCUGCAGGAAAAAACGUCGCCGACCAAACCAGGAACGACCCAGCGGCCGAAAUCCACAAAGCAAAUCCUUUACUGAAGAGGAAGGUCUUACAGGAGCACAGACGCUCUUAUUCUCAGUGUCCUAACACCACAGAUACUAACAUAAACCUCGAUGGUACAGACAGCAGCGAGGAUGCAGUACAGGACAACAGGGUCAAGAGGACUCGACGGAGGAAUUUAAGCAAACGAGAGUAUGCAGAGGGGAACGUUUCAAGAGAAAGUGCAGGAGAAGAGACGUCCUUAUCCGAACCACAGGUCUAUGGCAGGAUGCUGCUGGACAUUCUGUUAAAAUGCCAGAGCAGGAGACAGGCCGUCUCCGAGUUUCUGAGUACGAACGCAUACACCCCCGAGUCUCUGACUCCAGAUGUUCUGAAAUCCGGGACCAUCACCCCUGGUUCUCCGACACCUGACGUUGUUGACACAGACCCCAACAUUGAGACUCAUGUUCUGACUGGCUCUUCAGAUGACCAGCUGGAAUACAAACUGAGAGACCUGGCCUCCUCAAUCAGCAAUGAGCUUGAUGCUGAUUGGAUGGAGACUAGUGACUGCGAGUGUUCAGCAGAGAUGGAGAUUAAUAAUCCUGAGAUCGUACAGCCGAGAGAAGAAACGCCCGAAAACCCAGAACCAGUGGAAGAAGAUGAAAUUAAAUCAGAUGGUGGAGACAUUACGAGUGAAGAUAUGGAAUCAGUCAGCUUAGAAAAUUCAUAUAAAAUGAAUCAUUUACAAGAUAUAGAUGUACAAGAGCGCACAGUGAAAUCAAAUGAUGGUGAAACAGAGAGAUCUGUAGGAAUUCCACAGCAGGAUGACUGUGAACAGUCUGAAGAGCAGGUCAGAGAGAGAAACAGUAUUCAGUAUGAGGAACAGAAAACACCUGAAGAGAGUGGAAACACUCAAAAUGUUGAUAGACAAGAGUAUGAAGUGGAAGAUCUGAAACCUGAAAGCAGAGAUCAUUUAGAAAAUGAAUUGGCAAUCGCAAAAGAAGAAAGAGUAGAUGUUUACAAUCAUAAUCUUUUACAAAACGGGAACGAAGAAUAUGAAAGAAUGAUUGGUAUUGUGGUCAAGGCUUUGGAUGACAUGGAAAAUGAGAUUGAUGCACAUCUCAGCGAUGCAAGAUCCGAAACAUCAGAUGUUGCUAAUGAGAAAAAGUGUGAGACAGUUGAAGAACAAACAGAUAAAACAAAUACCACACAAAACAACCAGAUGGAUCAUGCUGAAAGAACAACUGAGGAUAAACAAGCACUACAGGAUGGCGUUGUGGACGAAGAGAGCACAGAAGAACAGAUUUGUGAAGUGAAGGAACAGUGUAAUGAUCACGUGAUCAGGGAGGAUGUAGAGGUCGCUCUGUCAGGUCAGAACGAGUUUCUCUCACCAGAGGAAAUCUACAAAAAAUAUUCGGCUGCAUCUCUGCGCAGCAUCACCACUGAAGUACUGAAGGUCCUGAAUGCCACCGAAGAUCUGAUUCAGAGCUCCAUGGAUCUUGGCGAAUCAGAGUACCAGGACCAACCAGCCCUUCCUCCUGCUCAGAGGAAGAGGCUAGAUGAGCAGCUCAUCAGAUUAGAGGAGAAUGUGUAUGUGGCUGCGAGUGCCGUGUUCGGGCUGGAGGCUGAGCUGGGGGAUCUGGAGGAAUGUGCACGCAGUAUUAGUGGGGAAACGACAGAAGGGGAACUGGUUCACCUGGAGGAGCAGGUGGCCUCGGCCGCAGCUCAGGUGCAGCAGUCUGAGCUCCAGGUGACUGAUAUUGCAGCAAGAAUUGCAGCUCUGAAAAAUGCCGGUCUGAAUGUAGCACCACAGACACGUUUUGCAAAGUCACAGACCAUAGAAACUUCCCGGCAGCAACGUCGCCGACUUCCAGUGCCUCCAGUGAAAGGUGUCUGAUACUGCAGAAAGAAUUGCAGCUCUGAAAAUCACACCAGGCCAAUAGCACCGCCUGUACCAUGUUGUUCUAAAAUAUAGUUCAAUCAGUUACUCUUAGCCCAUAUUUAAGAUGUGUGCUAUGCUAGUUUGUGUUUCUUAUGCAAAAGAUCAUAUAACAAAUCUUCAGACAUUUAAAAAUUUUAUAUUUAGCCAGUUAAAAGUUGGGGAAGUAAUAAAUGAUUAAUUUAAUAGGCAUAUCAGGUAUCAAGGUGUCUGAGCAGGAAGGAAUUAUGCUGAUCAUGUUUUUACUCUUGGCUUGUUACAGUAAAUCAGAUCCACAGUGUAUAA